UGGUUUUAGUUUUGGUUUUGGUUUUGGAUUUGGUUUUGGUUUUGGAUUUGGUUUUGGUUUUGGAUUUGGUUUUGGUGGGUGUUAACCUUAGUGGUGCGCUGCACCGCCACAAGGCGGGUGGUUGCACUGCACAUGCGAAUUUCAUUAGCUUAGCUUGAAAGACGGCUGGGUUUGAGGUGACGACGGCGGGAUGAUUGAUGAUGGGUGAUGGGUGAUGGGUAUAGGAAGCAAUUGCGAAAGCCAUGAUCGCGACGUACAACAUCGUUCAAAGGAGAAAGAACUAGCCAGAAAGAAAGCUUAAGGCCACGCGCGGAAAAAGUGGAGAGCUGGGGCUGGGUUUGAAGAUAUAUUUGAGACGAGGAGAAGAGAGAGGGGUGGAUAGGAGGGUGAAUUUGGAGGGGUAAUACCGCCAGUACCUACCUACGUGCCAACCUCCUCGGAUUCUUCUCGAUUCUCUCUCUACCUGCAAAAGAAAGAGCGGAAAGACAGGAGCUGGGACAAUGCCCCAACGAACGAGAUACGAUCCCAUCCCUCGACGAUCAGCAUCAAGCUCGCGAGAAGGAGGAGAGCAACCACUCUCGCAGACCAGAUCAGAAUCUGAAGACGAAUCCGACUCCGAGAGCAAAUACCGCCACCGAAACCAGACUGUUCAAGACUCGAGCUCGAGCUCGAGCUCAAGAUCGAGGAAUAAACCUCUCUUCCAUGUCCUCUCGCACCUCCCUCUCCCGGGACUCCCCAAACUCCGCUACAUCUUCAAAAAGACCCGCCGUCUGCUACGACCCCUCCCGCUAUUGCUGCUCUGUUGUGUACUCCUGGGUUGGCAGUUGUUAUUCAACGAUUCAUAUAAUCUGGCUACAGCGCCGAGAUUUGAUAUUGAGGGUGUGAAAGCGAGGGAGACAGUUUUCGUAGCGGCGAAUAUUGUGGAUGAGGGACUGAUUGAAGGGGCUUGGGGGGAGGGGUUGCUUGAAUUGGUAGGUCUGCUCGACAAGGAGAGAGUCUGGGUUAGUAUUUACGGAGGUCCGAAAAAGGCUCUGAAGAGAUUAGAGGAGAAGUUGAUAGAUGCUGGGAUGAGUAGGGAGAGGGUAUGGUGUGUUAGUGAAGAGGAUGAGCCGCUUGGUAUGGACAGUAUAGGGAGGACUGUCUUACCGACUGGCGAGAGCAGAGUUAAGAGAAUCGCGUGGUUGGCGGAGGUGAGGAAUAAAGUCCUUGAGCCUCUUUACAAACCCACUUCGAACUCCAAAAACAACGCCAAAGACGACUCCAAAAACAACUCCAAAGACGACUCCAAAGAGAAAGAGAAAGAGAAAGACAGCCGACCCGCCCUCCCCAAACCAGAUAGACUCCUCUUCCUAAACGACGUACACUUCACGCCCUCCUCAGCGCUCCGCCUCCUCUGGGGAACAAACCUCGAUUCGCAAGGUAUAGCGCGGUAUAAAGCCGUGUGCGCGGUGGAUUUUGUGCAGAGCUGGAAGUUCUACGAUACGUUUGCGACGAGGGAUGCGGAGGGGUAUAGUAUUGGGGUGCCGGUCUUUCCGUGGUUUGGGAAUGAGGGGGAGGCGAGGAGUAGGAGGGAUGUGUUGGAGGGGAGGGGUGCGGUGAGGGUGAGGAGUUGUUGGGGUGGGAUGGUGGCUUUUGAGGGGGGGUGGUUUUGGGGGAGGGGGGAGGAGGGGGGUGAGGAUGGAGAGGGAGAGGGAGGGAUGAGUGCUGAUGUCCAUCCAGCUGCUCAAAAUGCGCCGAAAACUUCCAGCUUGAAAGGCGAGGAAUCCGAGACUGAAGCAACCAAAGCGGGAAAGAAAACGAAAGCGGACAAUGGCCUGGGUGUGCCUAGUUUACCGUUGAGGUUCAGGAGCGAGCCGGAGCCGUUCUGGGAUUCGAGUGAGUGUUGUUUGAUUCAUGCGGAUAUCAUGGCAUUGCCUGAUCUGUCUCCCUCAUCGAAAAACAACGAAGAUGAUCCCUGGGAUACAGGCAUCUAUAUGAACCCUUAUGUCCGCACCUCAUACUCCGCCAGCACACACCGACAUAUCUGGCUUGCGAAACGAUUCGAGAGAUUAUUCUCGCCUGUCCAGAGAGUGUUGAAUUAUUGGGCGGGGAUGCCGAGGUGGAAUUAUAGACGGAUGGAGAAGGAGGGAGAGAAGGUUAGGGAUCGGUUGUGGAUUUCGGUGCAUUCGAAUUUGACUGAGGUGGAGGCAGUUAGGAGGGCGGAGGAGGGGUGGGGGUUUGAUAAUGACGAUGAUGAUGAUGGGUCGAGUGAGAACGUGCAAGUGACUGUGAAGAAACAGGUAGAGAGUGUAGUGGAAAAGAGAGAAACCCUAGGAAAGGUUCGAGGGAAGGAAUACUGGGGGAAUGAGGGGUACUACGUUGAUUACGAGAGGACAGCGAAGCGGGGUGGCUAUUGUGGUGUAAGGCAGCUGCUUGUCAUGAAGGAGGAGAAGGUGGUGGAGGGAGAGGGGAAUUGGGAUAAUCUGCUGGAUAGAGUGCCGCCUGUUGAUAUCUGA